AUUUGGGCGGCCGUUAGCCCCAAUCUUGUCAGCUGUCUCUCCUUUUCUAAUUACUUGCCAACUUUGAUACUCCUGCUGCCUGCUGCCUGCUGCUCCACCACUAUAAAUGCUCCCACCACUCUCCACCAGCUACCAAAAAUACAUAUAUUUGUCUAAGUACUCUGCUUCCUCUCAAUUCACUAAAAAUGGUUCCCGGGCUGAACUCUUUCGCCAUAAUUUCUCUACUCCUUCAAUUGCAUGCUGCUGUGGCUGACUAUGGCGCCUGGGAAAGCGCCCAUGCCACUUUCUACGGCGGUGGCGAUGCUUCCGGUACAAUGGGAGGGGCGUGUGGGUAUGGUAAUUUGUACAGCCAAGGAUAUGGAACCAACACAGCAGCACUAAGCACGGCCCUAUUCAACAAUGGGCUGACCUGUGGGGCGUGUUACCAAGUACGGUGCGACAAUGACCCUCAAUGGUGCUUGCCAGGCACCAUCACCGUCACCGCCACCAACUUCUGCCCACCGAACUACGCCUUGCCUAACAAUAACGGCGGGUGGUGCAAUCCCCCUCUCCAGCAUUUCGAUAUGGCCCAACCCGCUUUUCUACAAAUUGCUCGAUAUCGAGCAGGCAUUGUGCCCGUUGCCUUUAGGAGGGUGCCCUGUGUCAAGAAAGGAGGAAUUAGAUUCACCAUCAACGGUCACUCGUACUUCAACUUGGUUCUGAUCACUAAUGUUGCAGGUGCAGGGGAUGUCCAUGCUGUUUCAAUCAAAGGGUCUAGAACUGGCUGGCAACGGAUGUCUAGGAACUGGGGCCAGAACUGGCAAAGUAAUUCUUACCUCAACGCCCAAAGCCUCUCCUUUCAAGUCACUACCAGUGACGGCAGAACUGUUACCAACUACAACGUGGCGCCCUCUAAUUGGCAGUUCGGCCAGACAUUUGAAGGGGGUCAAUUCUAAGAUGAUUAUUAAAAACGAUUUAGUGAAAAAUAUUAUACGUAUUUUACUCCAUAUUAAUUUAUUAAUAUAUCCGACUACAUCUACGUAGAGAUCAAUGGUCACGCAUUGACGAUCUAAAAUGCUUCCCUUUUUUUGGAACUAUAUUUUUGCACCAUUACAAGGGAUGAUAAAUUGAAAUUUUAAAAAUCAACAUAUAUAUGUAUUUUAUUUUGUAUACGUAUAAUUUUCUGUAUACGUAUUUGUAGAAGUAAGAGAAAAGCUGAGGUGGUUGGUUACUACCCGCUUUGCUUUAUUUGCUAAUUGGUGUAAUGUUUUGUUUGUAUUAUGACUAUAGCAAUAUAAUUUUGUGUCACGUUAAAUUCGUGGUAUAAAAUUUUUA